CGCAGCAGAACACAAAACUGCUGCUUCCGCACUGCUUCCUUGUUUAUUAGUUUUAGGGAAAACAGUGACUUUAGAAGGGAAAGGGUUGUUUUUUCUUUCUCUGGAAACGGCCGGAACUCCUCUGCAAGAUUACCGAGUCCCCAGCUACCUGCUCAAAAGGAGGGAAGCAGAAUCUGAAUUUCAACACAACUAAGUCUAAGUUCAGGUUCUGGUCUGAAUGGCCACAGCUGCUGAGGAGCCUCCGGGGCUGCAGGGCCUCUCUGGUAGUUCGACUGGGAUUCGAAAAAAUGCUUCUCCUGAGAGUCCAAGCACCAGCAUGUCCCCGGCCAUGAAAAAAACUAUUGGCCAUCGUGGAAUUGAUCCCACUGGGGAGACGACGUACAAGAAGACAACAUCAUCUGCCUUGAAAGGUGCUAUCCAGUUAGGCAUCACGCACACGGUGGGCAGCUUAAGCCAGAAACCUGAGAGAGAUGUGCUGCUGCAGGACUUUGAAGUGGUGGAGAGCAUCUUCUUUCCCAGUGAGGGCAGUAACCUGACACCAGCUCACCACUAUGGAGACUUCAGGUUCAAGACAUACGCUCCGAUGGCCUUCCGCUACUUCAGGGAGAUGUUUGGCAUCCGGCCUGAUGACUACAUGUGUUCUCUGUGUAACGAACCGCUGAUUGAGCUGUCAAGCUCCGGGGCCAGUGGAUCUCUGUUCUAUGUCUCUAGUGAUGAUGAGUAUAUCAUUAAGACGGUGCAGCACAAAGAGGCGGAGUUUCUGCAGAAACUGCUUCCAGGAUACUUCAUGAACCUGAACCAGAACAAACGGACCUUAUUACCAAAGUUUUAUGGACUUUACUGUGUCCAGGCAGCGGGUAAGAACAUCCGUAUUGCAGUCAUGAACAAUCUGCUCCCGAGCGCAGUACGAAUGCACCUUAAGUUUGAUCUAAAGGGCUCCACCUACAAGCGACGGGCUUCAGCUAAAGAGAGGGAAAAGUCCUCGCCCACGUACAAGGACCUGGAUUUCAUGCAGGACAUGAAUGAGGGGCUGUUAAUGGAGGCGGACAAGUACAAUGCUGUGUGCAAGACCAUCCAGAGAGACUGUCUGCUUUUGCAAAGUUUUAAGAUUAUGGACUACAGCCUUCUGGUGGGAAUCCACAAUAUAAAUCAGGCUUGUCGAGAACAAGCCGGUGAAGAGGCGGUGGCCGGAGCUGCGGACCAAAGGAGGCCACAAGGUCAAAAGUCCUUGUACAGCACUGCUAUAGAGGCCAUCCAAGCUGAGCCAGGGAGCAUGGGAUCAAUGGACACAGAGGACAAAACGGGAGGGAUCCCAGCACGAAACUCGAAUGGCGAGAGGUUGCUGGUGUAUAUUGGUAUCAUCGACAUUCUGCAGUCCUACAGAUUAGUAAAGAAGCUUGAACACUCGUGGAAAGCUCUGGUUCACGAUGGGGAUACUGUAUCAGUACACAGACCGGGUUUCUACGCAGACCGAUUUCAGAAGUUCAUGUGCAAUGUUGUCUUCAGGAAGAUUGCAUUAAAGUCCUCCCCAUCUAAGAAGCGCCGUGCAGUGUCACAUGCUCCUUUGAGAAAGCCAGCGGGUUCUGGGCCCCCUCUGUCAACCCAAACCAGCAGCAGCAGCCAGCACUAUCCACUCCAACAGCAAGUCAGCUCUGAGACCAAAGAGGACACUGAAGGAGACAAUGCCAUGCAGUCAGGUCGUCCUGACCUCCUCCCAAAGACCUUACCGCCCAGCGACACUGUUGGCAACGCUACUGAAACCACUCUCUCCUCCUCCUUGGGAAACUCUGGAUUUGCCCCCACAAGUCAGCUGCCGCCUCACUCUCAGGAUACCUACAAGUCCGUGGGAGCAGAGUUAAACAGCACAAAAGGCAAAGACCAGGAGCACAGCACCCCCAAGAGAGCUCAGUAUGAAGAAAGUAUUGGUUCUGAGGAUGUCAUCUCACUCAGUGACAUCGUUCCUAAUGCAAGCAAAUGCUCUGUGUAGACGUCGGGAGGAGAAGUAAACUCAAACAAACUCAACUUAGACUUGGAGGAUUUCAUGGGCAUGGAUGAACUGUUACAACCCCCCGUUUGGUGUGACUUGAGGUACCAGAACUGAAAAAUAAAUGCAGCGUAUCGUUGAGACCAAGUGGGAUAUUCAGUGUUUUGUUGUUGUUGUUUUUGCACUUUGAUUUCCAAAUCUCUGCAUGGUAUGAGCAUGUAAGUGGGUGGUUGUGUUCUGACACUAGUGAUUGCGAGUACAUUAACGCUGUGGUUAUUGAACACUAUUAUUCAUCUCAUAGGAAUGCUUCCAGCACAACCAAAGAUUGUUCUUGGCACUGAUGUGCGCAUUCAAUGUAGAGUGUAUCAAGAGGACUUUGCCUUAUUUGAGCCUUAUUGCUCCUUUUUGGAAGUGAUUCCUCUUUAGUGUUUACCAAAUUGCUGUAGCACGUCCUCAUGCAUACCUGGCUCUGUAAGUGUCUGUCCCAUCACCCAAAGGUCUGAGCCUAGAGUACUGUUUCUGCUACAUGGUAGACUUUGAUGCUUUAAAGGGACAGUUCACCCCAAAAUCAAAAAUACAUAUUUUUCCUCUUACUUGUAGUGCUAUUUAUCAGUCUAGAUUGUUUUGGCGUGAGUUGCGUGUUGUUGGAGAUAUCGGACGUAGAGAUGUCUGCCUUCUCUCGAAUAUAAUGGACCUAGAUGGAAAAAAAAUUGAAAAAUCAACAGCAGUGUCUCUUUCCAGAAAUCAUGACCCGGUUACUCAAGAUAAUCCACAGACCUUGUUGUGAGCAGUUUCAUGUAGGAACUAUUUUCUUUCUACCAAACUACACCUGCCAACCGAAUCACUGUGCAAAAGGAAGCAUGCAUCUACUCAUGGACGAGAGGCUCGUCAGUCCUGUCAAUGAAUGACAAAUACAGACUACUGCCACCUGCUGAUACAAAGAGUUACUUCCUCUCACACAGGCGCAGAAAGGACAGUUUAGUUGGCUGUUUGCUGUAGUCUUUGCAGUGUGUUCAAGUGCAACUUUUUGGUCGGGACACAGGCAAUGUGAGGCAACAGUUGCCUUAGUCACCACAAGUUCUUUGAUGACAUUUGGUGCGUCUGGGCCCUUAGCUAGCUCAGUGGUGAGAGGUGUGCUAGCAGAAGAUGCAUGCUUCCUUCUGCGCGGUGAAAUGGUUUGCUGGUUUAGUUCUGUAGAAUGACAAUAGCUCCGUGUGCCAUUUAUUUUCAUUAUAUUUGAGAUAUUGCAUACGACUGAUAUCUCCAACACUCUGCAAGUCACACCAAAACAUCUAGACUAACAAACAGCAUGACAGGUAAGAGGACAAAUACUAAUUUUUGAUUUGGGGUGAACACAAAACCAUGUUAUUUGGAUUGGAAACACAGUUUUAAAUACUUACUUUUUAUUACUGUAUUCAUAUUGGGUAAGCUGAUGUUUUUUAAGCCUACUCUGAAUGCAAAUCAUGCUGGAAAAAGAGGUGAUCCUCAGCGUGCGGUUUCUGUUUAACCAGCUGUUUGUUCUCUAAUGUACCUGUGCUACUUUAAAGACUGUGAAUCCUGAAUGUCACCUCUCAUGUUCAGGUCAAAGGGUUUUAUUAAAAGGAGGUUUUUUUUUUAAUACUUAAACACUGAGUGAUCUGAUAUCAGUUUCAGGUUUUAGUGUGUAGACUGGCUUAUGUCCAGAUGUGACCAAAGAACUGAUACUCAGAUGGCUGUGGACAAAGCAGUGACCUGGGGCCUGUCUCAUGAAGCAAGACCAGGGAGUUUGUCAGCCAAGUGUAGAGUUGUCUUUUUUCAGUGUCACUGAGAGAGUUCAAGUUUCAGCUGUGUUUUGUUGUCAUUGCAACCAAUGCACGGGACCAAACCUGCAGGGAACAGUUUGUGUUUUGAGAUUUUUGGAUCACUACAUAUAAAGGGACCAUCUCCUUGCCAGUUGAUUGUGUCGGGUAAAACUGAACCAGUGUUGUUACAGGAGCUCGAUGACCAAAAACACAGCAUUCACUUUAAAGUGUCAUGAAACAAAAAGCAUGACAUUAGAAGACAAGAAAGCCACAGCUUGUUGUAGGUUUGCCAUGGCGCCAUUUAGUUUUGUGUGAAACUGCUUGGUGAACGGUCUCUCAUCCCAUGCGAUCUAUGUCAUCAACACUAGCUAGCUAGUUAGCUGGGUAACAUAACGUUUUCUUACCUGAGGUGUUCCAGUGUCAUCCAGUGACUCCUGAGCCAUGUUCAAUCUGAAAAAGAGUGUGCAUUGUUUUGCUACGGUUGCUAGAUUGAAUGACGUUUCCUCGAAAUGGUGUGAAACGGCAUGCACCACACUUUUAGGUGCAUUUUCGCUCAUUUGGUGGGUGUUUCAGAGUUGUUUCCCAGUCAGCAGCAAUGUAUGUACAAACCAAAUUCUGAUAGGUCUUUAUUUAUUGUACAUAAGAUUUUUGUUUUAAUUUCACACUCGUUUUGGCCAAUUGAAUAGAUUUCAACCCUGCCGUAUUAAAAAGGGAGUGCACCUGCAUAGCACAACAAGGUGUUCAACACACCUCUGUUUGUUUUGCUACCUUUUAAUGGGGCUCUGUUGUUUUUUUUUUUAUCAGCUGAGAAGCAAAAGAACGAGCAAGAUUUGUUGCUUGUGUGAGUACAUCCUACCUGUGCUAAACAUCAGCUUUUUAGCUACAGCGAAAGAGAAAGAUUGACAUAACUUACGGGACGUGUGCAGAGACUCUGUCCACUGCCUGUUUUUUCAUAUUAUGUUCCGGGCGUUCCUGGGCACAGCGUACAGCUGAGGUCAGGACAUUAUGAAAAGGUGUCAACAGGUGCCAGACCAUAAGCAUUGAGCAUUAAAAUCAACAACAUGGUACAGAAAAAAAAGAGCGCAAAUGAAGUUGACUCUCUUUCGCUGGCUAUACUGUGUACAAACAGUAACAGACAGUUCCUGCAUAGUAUACCUUAAAACAAUGUACUUUUUUUUUUUUUUUUUUUUUUUACAAAAUAAGAUCCAGUGGGGCCUUUCUUUAAUUUAUGAUGUAGGAAAUAGUAACAUAGAGAGUGGAGCCAGGGUUCCUACGAAAGUAUGGAAAAGUAUGGAAAUAAAUUUGAUCAAUUUCCAGGUAUUAAAAAGUAUGGAAAAUGAAAAAUAAAGUAUGGGAAAAUAUUUAUGUUUCCAGACUAUUACCACUGUUCUAAAAUACUGUUUUCUAAAAUGGAAAAUUAGGUAUUUCCAAAAAUAAUUUAAUCAAUCCGGAUCGUGUUUUAUGCCGGGCCAAGCACAGUUUGUGUGAGAGCAAACGUCUCAGAAAACAUACCGCCCCUUUUACCUGAUUGACAAGUGGUAUGUCCAGUCCACUGCCCCAUGACCCUCCUCCAGCCCCCCAGGUAUCAAGUUUCACUCCAACAUUGCACCUUCGACAAGAAGACGAGCUUCACGUGGUUCACAAUGGGUAGAUGCAAGUUUUUGGAUGGAUGGCUUGACAGUACCGUAUAUAAAUACUGGCUGGCCAAGGAUUCCCAAUUCACACACAGAGCUAGAUGCAAGCUUUGUGUGAAAUCAUUUGACAUCGCCAACAUGGGGGAGAAGGUCAUGAAAGGAAAAAACACCAACGUCUCGUUACUGCAUCGCUUGCACCCAGAGUCCCAACCUUUUUGCCUCAGCCCAGACAUUGAACUUACCUGAGUUUUUAUUUGCAUGCCAUUAUGGUACUUGGCUACAAUCGCCUAUUAAGAACAUCAUACAUCAUUAAAUAUGAUGUGAAAUAUGAUACACUGAUAUAUUUACUCAGAUGUCGCAUAUACUCUGAAAAAAAAAAAAAAAACUAUUAUAAUAUAAUUAGGGUAUGGAAAAGUAUGGAAUUUUGAAAUUCCAAAUGUGUAGGAACCCUGUGGAGCGUAGCUAACUAUUACAAGUACCUGUAGAACAUAAUAUUUACUGUUCAUAGUAUUUCUGUUCGUCAGGUACAGUAUGUGCAUAUUUUAACCCUGCAGGCAUGGACAAUAUAAUGUAGGGUUAUUUUUAUAUAAUCAUAAAUAGCAACAGGUCAUUUGCCUUGUUAAUGUCAUUUAUGCAAAGCAUUUGAAACAGUUGAAGUUUGAAGCAGUUUAGUCCAAUCUGCGUCACCUAAAGCAGAAAGAUAGCAGCAGCUGUUAAGACCUGAAAAUAUAGUGAUUUGCAAAUACAGUGACAGCUUCAACAACUUUGUCGUAUUCCAGACUAUGAUUGUUUUUGGUGUGUGUGUGUGUGUGUGUGUGUGUGUGUGUGUGUGUGUGUGUUUGCUGUUUUGUCUUUUAUAUUUCAAACACAAAAGGAGUUUUGCUUGAGUGGUAUUGUCUGUGUGCAUGGUUACUUUGGUGAAAGGAGGGGGCAUCCUAAGGAGACUUAGUAAAGAAAUAACAGGGUGUAAAAAAAACAUUAGCAAUGUAGUUUGUUUGGAGCUUUGACUUUGCUGCUGAAUAUUUAAAACUACAGACCUGGGUGUUACAGCUUUCGAGUAUUUUUAUGUACGCUCUUCCACUCUUUGAAAUAGUCUGCUGCUAAAAAUGAAAUACUAUUUAUGAACUCAGUUCAAUAUGGAUUACUCAGAUUUUAGUAAUCAGUUACUUUACUCUCGAGAAUUCUUAUGUGACCACAUAAUAAAGCCGAUAUAUUUUCCACACUUAGUAUUGCCGUAAGUAUUUGAUAAUUUUACAUUUUUUGUACUACUAAUUCUGCUUUAUAUGUAUUCAAAUGGUGCACUUAGUAUUUCCUAAACCUCACUCAUAUUAAUUGGCUAUAUUAAUGAUAAUGUUAAUAUAGUUUUUGUUGCUGCAAUUUCCCUACAGGCAUAUUUUCACCCCAUCUUUAUUAGAUUCACUCUUGUUGACUUGAUGAUGCCAGUUUAGGUUAUCCAGGAUUGCCAGAGUUAAGGUCAAGUGUUUGGGAUUUAGGGGGAUAUAUUGGCAGAAAUGGAAUUUAAUAUUGCACUGGCUUGCUUUUUUAACAUAGUUCUCCCUAAAUAGAGGUUUCAUUUGGUUGUGAUCUGCAACCUCACCACUUGAUGUCACUUGACUGUACACACUAGACCUUUAAGUGUAAGGCUGAUAACUUCAGGUGAUAUUUUGUGAGACAGGUCCCAACUGUGAUACUGUAUAGUUGCAAAUUUGUAGCUUAGAAAACAUGGUGACGGCUGCCUGGUGUAAAGUACAAAACAUUGAACUGCCUACUUUUUGUAAACUCAAAUUGGUAGACGUAGUAUUAAUGGUUAUAUUCAAAUUGGUUUCAGCACUCAAAAUGGGUUUGCAAGGUCUUAAUUUUUUAACUGUUUGAUAUUUGAUGGCAUACAUAUAUAUAUAUUCCUGAAUGAAUAGGCAGAAAAGUGCAUUGAAUAACUUAACAGUUUUCCACCCAAGAUGAGAUGGCCAAGCAUCUUUGUGUAUUUUUAUACAUCCUGUAAACGGUAUGUGGAGGUUAAAGUGUUCUGCUGUCGGUCAGACAAUGCUCUGUCCCUGUAUGUAAAGUGAAUCUAUGUCUUACUGUAAAACCUCUGAAGCAGUUACACACGCAGCCUAUGAACCAAACAUGUACAUAGUCAUAUGUAUUAUAGUAUUUAUACCUUUGGUUUUCAAAGUGUUUGUUAAUGGUGAUUAUGGAUUAAAAUGUGCCUUUCUUUAGCGCAACAAGCCUGUAUGUAAGAGGAAAUACUGUCUUUGGUCUUUGUUGUUCUUUGUGACGAUUUUGAUUAUUAUUAUUAUAACAACUGUUAAAUCAUCCUGUAUUUUUCCUGUAUUCUUUGUUAAGUAGUCUUCGCCUGCCUUUGAAUUAAGUGGAAUAAAUGUGUGCACGUUUGUUCGCAAGAAUCACAUCGAUGCCUUUACACAGAGUAUGUAUAUUGGAAGUUUUCUUUCCUGCUCUUUUGGGGACCUUAUGUUUUUGUACACUUAUUAAAGUCAUUAAAGAAAAAAACACAA